GCCAGAAUAGCUAGGUUUUUAAAUCGCGGUGUGUACACACUGGCCGAGCACCUCGGCGAAUAUUAUUUGUUUAUUUGUAAAAACGUAGAAAAUGAGUGGAAAAGCGUCGAAAUCAAGCAGCGCCUCCAGCAGCAUGCUGUACGGCUCCAGCAUCUCUUCGGAGUCCAUGAAAGUGAUCGCGGAAAGCAUAGGAGUGGGCUCCCUGUCGGAUGACGCCGCCAAGGAGCUAGCGGAGGAUGUGUCCAUCAAGCUGAAAAGGAUUGUGCAGGAUGCGGCCAAGUUCAUGCACCACGCCAAGCGGCAGAAGCUCUCAGUGCGGGACAUCGACAUGGCCCUUAAAGUCCGAAAUGUGGAACCGCAGUACGGCUUCGUAGCGAAGGACUUCAUUCCAUUCCGCUUCGCGUCUGGCGGAGGAAGGGAGCUGCACUUCACCGAGGACAAGGAAAUCGACCUUGGAGAGAUCACUUCCAGCAACUCUGUAAAAAUUCCUCUGGAUCUCACCCUGCGUUCCCAUUGGUUUGUUGUGGAGGGAGUACAACCCACUGUGCCUGAAAACCCACCGCCGCUCUCGAAGGAUUCCCAAUUCUUGGACUCUGUUAAUCCGGUUAUUAAGCUGGAUCAAGGCCUAAACAAAGAUGCUGCUGGCAAACCUACUACCGGCAAGAUCCACAAGCUAAAGAACGUCGAGACCAUUCACGUCAAGCAACUGGCCACGCACGAGUUGUCUGUGGAGCAACAGUUGUACUACAAGGAGAUCACCGAGGCCUGCGUGGGAUCGGAUGAGCCUCGGCGCGGUGAGGCGCUGCAGUCGCUGGGAUCCGAUCCAGGCCUGCACGAAAUGCUUCCCCGCAUGUGCACCUUCAUUGCCGAGGGAGUUAAGGUCAAUGUGGUUCAGAACAACUUGGCGCUGCUUAUAUACCUCAUGCGCAUGGUUCGUGCGCUUCUGGAUAACCCAUCGCUGUUUCUGGAGAAAUACCUGCACGAACUGAUACCCUCGGUGAUGACCUGCAUUGUGUCCAAGCAGCUGUGUAUGCGCCCGGAGCUGGAUAAUCACUGGGCCCUGCGAGACUUUGCCUCCCGACUGAUGGCUCAAAUCUGCAAGAACUUCAACACCCUAACCAACAAUCUGCAAACCCGUGUCACCCGCAUCUUCAGCAAGGCCCUUCAAAACGAUAAGACGCACCUAUCCUCACUGUACGGCUCUAUUGCGGGACUCUCGGAGCUGGGAGGUGAAGUAAUAAAAGUUUUCAUCAUACCCCGCCUUAAGUUCAUAUCGGAGCGCAUUGAACCUCACCUGCUCGGCACCUCCAUUAGCAACACUGACAAGACAGCAGCAGGUCACAUUCGCGCCAUGCUUCAAAAGUGCUGUCCCCCGAUCCUCAAGCAAAUGCGCUCAGCCCCAGAUACAGCAGAGGACUACAAAAACGACUUUGGCUUCCUGGGGCCGUCGCUGUGUCAGGCAGUAGUCAAAGUUCGAAAUGCGCCCGCCUCAAGCAUUGUAACCCUGUCAUCUAACACGAUCAACACGGCACCCAUCACGAGUGCAGCCCAAACAGCAACAACCAUCGGACGAGUCUCCAUGCCCACCACACAGAGACAGGGAAGUCCCGGAGUCUCAUCCCUGCCCCAAAUAAGAGCCAUUCAGGCCAACCAGCCGCCGCAAAAGUUUGUGAUAGUCACCCAGAACUCGCCGCAGCAGGGCCAAGCAAAGGUGGUGCGGCGUGGCAGUUCCCCGCACAGCGUGGUGCUCUCCGCGGCCUCUAACGCGGCCAAUGCCUCCAACUCGAACUCAAGCUCGAGCGGCAGUCUACUAGCAGCUGCACAGCGGAGCAACGAGAAUGUGUGUGUUAGUGCCGGUAGCGAAGCGCCAGCAGUUGAUGGUAUAACAGUUGAAUCUUUCAGAGCACCCUAGACGCCAACUCGCUGAUCAUUGAGACGGAGAUUGUGCGCGCACCGCCCGAGCUGGACGAUCUCUCGCACCUGGAGUAGCCAGCUCAGUUCGUAUGCAAUAAGACAAAAAAUGCGGGAUCCUACCCCAAAAAUAUGUAACCACACACAGAGAAAGAAU